CACCUCGAGAGGAAAAAGAGAGGGACCGGCAAUUUGCCGGUCCCGUACUCCCCGCCGCCGGUUCGGCCUCCGGUCUCGGACACUCGCCGUGUUUUCCGUCACAAAGCCCCCCAACAAGCACCAACAUCCACCCGUGAUCCGGAGCUAGAACCACAAAGAUAUCGGUGGGUAUGGGUCCCAUGUUCGAUACAUCUUAUCUCAGUUUUCCGGCCUCCAAUGCUUCUUAUCAGUCUCGAUUGAGCUUCAACGGCACGAUGGCUGAUCGAAACGUGCCGGUUCGUUUUGAUAGUAGUGCCAGCCCAAAGAAGCGCUUGUCUUCCCCAACUUUGGUAUAUAGAAAGUCCACACAUAUUGCUUAUCAGCUCAAGCCUUACUUCUAGCCUGCCCAGGAAUCCUUUUGCCCUCCUUUGUGAAGGAAAGAAGCCCGAAAGAGGCCUGCCAAGCCCACCUCCCAUCCAGUCACACCCAAAAGACCAUGCCCGCACCAAAGCCGACAACCCGGUCCCCGGUCCCCAACCCGGUAACCUCCUUCUGGAACGCCGCCCCCCGGCCCCUUGACGACCACCGUACGACCCCGGACCUCCCCGCCGCGAGCGACAUCGUCAUCGUCGGCGCCGGCUUCGCGGGCGUCGCCACGGCCUACCACAUCCUCAAGGACAACCCGUCCCCGCCGUCCAUCACCAUCCUCGAGGCCAGGAAGGUGUGUUCCGGCGCCUCGGGUCGCAACGGCGGACACGUCAAGCCCGACACGUAUUUCCAGGUGCCCAAGUACACCAAGCUCUUUGGCUCCGAGCAGGCGGCCGCGUUGGCUGCGUUUGAGGCCUCGAAUGUGUAUGCCGUCAAGGAGCUCGUGGAGAGCGAAGGCUUGGAUUGCGAUUUUCAUCUGACGCGGGCGGUUGAUGUGUAUCUUGAUCCGGAGCAUGCCAAGGAGACUGAGGCUGCGUAUCGGGAACUAGUGAAGGCGGGAGUUGUGAAUAUGAAGGAUGUUGCCUUCACCCCAAAGAAGGACGCCGAAAGGGUCUCAGGAGUCAAGGGCGCGCAGUGCGCCUUCUCCUUUACGGCAGCACAUCUAUGGCCGGCCAAAAUGGUCCACCAGCUCCUAGACCGUCUCCUCAAAAAGGGGCUGAACCUACAAGCCAACACGCCAGUAACAUCAAUCUCAUCGACGCCCGACGCCGCCGGCCGCUGGACAAUCCAGACCCCGCGCGGCGCCAUCAGCGCCAGCAAGGUCGUCGUAGCCACAAACGGCUACACGGCGCAAGUUCUCCCGCAGUACGAAGACCGCAUCGUCCCCGUCCGCGGCCUCUGCAGCCGCAUCACCACCCCGGGCGGGCCCAACGGCCCGCACCUGGUCAACACGUACGGCAUCCGCUUCGACGCGCGCAACAACGACUACCUCAUUCCCCGCGCGGACGGGAGCAUCGUCGUCGGCGGCGCGCGGCAGGUGUUUUGGCACAAGCGCGGUGAGUGGUUCGACAAUAUCCGGGACGACGAGUUGGUGAAGGGCGCGUCGCCGUACUUUGACGGGUACAUGCAGAGGCACUUCCGCGGGUGGGAGGAGAGCGGCGCAACGACGGAGAGGGUAUGGACGGGUAUCAUGGGGUACAGCUCCGAUUUCAUGCCGCAUUUGGGUGGUGUGCCUGGGAAGCUGGGGCAGUACAUCAUUGCUGGAUUUUCUGGUCAUGGCAUGCCAGAAAUUUUGCUUUCCAGUAAAGGCGUGGCGGCCAUGAUUCGCGAUGGGGCUUCGUUUGAGAGUACAGAGCUGCCGAGGAUCAUGGAGACGUCGAGGGCGAGGAUCGAGAGGAAAGAUAGUCCGCUUGAGGACGAACUCAAGUCUUUGUGGGAGGACGACGUGAAGGCGAAGCUUUGAAGGGGAUAUAGGCCACGAUUCUAACUAAUAUGAUGACAACUCGACAAGAGACUGUUCCACUCUGUACAAUAAUACAACCUCGAAUCCUCGAGAA